UCUCUUAGACAUUUUUUUUUGUAAAAGAAAUAUUAAACUAACAAUUUGUUCAACACAGAGAGAGGACUGGUUCAUCUUGUCGGACGAUUUCACAGGAAAGUGCGACAAGAAUUGGGAAGCUGUAGUCUCGAGAGUAUCACUUUGGGAACUGUAUUGACAUUGACGCUAGUAAAACCAAAGCAAUCUAAUGUUACAUAUCUACUGCAGAUUUGUCUAUGCAUAAUACAAUUCAAUAUAUUUCUUUUUAAAUGUACAGGAGUCAUUUUAGUCCACUGAAAACUAUUAAUACUGUGUAUACUGUAUUUGAUUUUAGGAGCACAUAUGAGAUUAUAGUCAUGGUGAAUAAUACCUCUCAAAAUUACACUGAAGAAGAGAUCAAAGAAUACCUGUCAGUUCUACAACAUAGGUCCACAGUAGUCUUCGUACCAGCUCUGAUCUACCUGUCUCUGUUGAUUGUUGUGGGCAGUAUAGGGAACUGUCUGGUUCUGGUCGUGUACUGGAGCAAGAUGAGCAGGACACCACUCAGAAUAUUCAUCAUCAGUAUGGCUGUGUUUGACCUCCCAACGAAUACUCUUCUUGUGCCAGGUGAGAUGUAUGACUUGCUUCACAUGUGGGAUUUCAAUAGCCAGAUUUUGUGUCAGACAAGAAGGUGUUUCACUGCCACGUUUGUAGUGUCCUCCUUUGUUGUGCUGGUUGCCAUAGCAGCUACAAAGUACAAAAUGGUGUGUAAUCCUUUUGGAAAACAAGUCAGUAUCCUUGAAGCGAAAGUAGCCAGCGUUUUUAUACUUUGUAUUGCUGCCCUUGUAUCCAUACCUUUUGGAAUGAUCCAUGGGACACAAAAAAAGAAUACUCCUAAUCCAAACAUGUUUGGGCGAUUUUGUGACAUUGAUGACAGCUAUAUUACAACGGUGUGGCCCAAUAUCAUUUCUGGAUUCUACGUUGUCCUAUUUCUUGUCUGCUGUCUGACAAUGAUCGUUCUGUAUGCCCACAUUGGCUACCAGACCUGGGUACACAGAAAUAGACGAAGACAGUUAAGUCGGCUGGGACAGGCUUCAGUAUCUGAGGAUUUCAUUUCUGUUACUUUAACUCCGGUUCCAGAAAGAAAAUGCUGUUCUGAAGAAAUGGAUGAAAAAUUGCGUUCAGAUGAGAAUUUAUUUUCUCAACGAUUUAACAUUGAAUUUUCGGAUACUAAAAGUCUUGACAAUAAGGUACGCAACUAUUUAAAUGUUGAAACUUCAGUUUCGCUCCGCGAAGACCAAAUUAGAUGUGACCCCGGAAAAUGUGAAGAUUCAAAAGUGAAGACUAAGAAAACAAUAAACGUUAGUAGGCCUACAUCAGAUCUAGAUUUCAAGAGGAAAAAUUCUAUGCAAAACACCUCUCCACCCAGGGCAUCAUUGAAACGAACAUGUUUCUUAGGCAGGACAUCACGGAUGUUGAUAACAGUCAGCCUCGUUUUCGUCUUGGGAUCAUUUCCUUUUCUAGCUUUGAAUUUCUACAAGACGUCAUCACCGAAGAGUUUUGCAGCCCUUGAGGGACUCCCUCUAGGAGCGUAUCAUCUUUUUGUGAGGUCUUAUUUCUUAAACAGUGCUUUGAAUCCAAUAGUUUACAGUUUACUAGACAAGAAAUUUAGAAAGGAAUGUCGAAACAUUUUUCAUUUGAGAUAGUAAAUAACGCUUUACAUUUCUUAGGAUCCUUGAAGUUUUAAACGUAACAAAUUUGUGUUGGAUUUAACCUAAAAGUAAUGAGUGAAGAAAUACUGGUUUUGUACAUUUGCUAACAAUCAUUGAAUAAAAUAUCUUUUUUUUUUAUUUAGCUGUAUAGAUCCAUGAUUACAAGUAUUCACCAUUUAUAGAUUCUUAUCUGUCCUGUACAUAAAAGGGAGAUGAAAAACAGAAGACAAUGACUGUGAUGAUGUAAAAACAAAAUUCUGUUGAUUGAAUUAUUUUACACAUUAGUAUCGACCAAAAUAAUGCUUACGAAUACGGAAAAGUUGGUCAAGAGAUAAACCAUUGAACUGUCGAACAAGAUCCUUGAAACAAUCUUAAGACCCUGAUGUGCCUCCGUCAAAGAUAAACAAAAAUUAAAUCAAAUUUAGCCAUUUACAAGUUGUCUCAUCUUAUAACGGACUCGUUUUCAAGCACACCAUUAACACAAUAUCCAAAGCAUACACUAUAUUUGUUUACUUACAAGUUCACGUACUAUCCAAUGAAUUCAAUGUUGUCAAGUUACUCUCUCAUGCUGUUGAAAUUUAUAAUAUUUUCAAUAAUAA